AUGUGCCCAUCUAGCCGACCCUCCCAACACCACUAUACACCUCGCUACUCACCACGAUAUCGGUCCGUCGUAACGACUCUCCUCAUCCUCCUCUGCAUACCGAUCUUCUUCUACCACCUCAUACCAAGAUAUACUUCCGCCACCGACGGCAUAAUAUCCUCGCUGGCACACAAAUUACAUCCUGCUGGGACGACGAGCAGUUUCUGCACAAAAGAGGUUGGAUCACUGCAGUGCUGCGCAUUAUACCUGGCUGCUGCGCCAUGUCAGGAUGAAUGCAGGAAGAACCAUAUGGACAGGGAGACGUUGGCUUUGACAAAGGAGUAUGAUGAGUGUACGGAUCAGUGUCUGGUCGGAUACAACAAGACUUGUAUGACCAAGACCACAGAAGACGCCGACGAACAGACAAAAACGGAGCCGCCGCGACAACGAGGAUCAAGAACAGCAGAGUGGUGGUCAACGGUCCAACAUACUUCGGAAUGA